UGAUAUGGGUGAUGUACAUCCUCUUCCGUAUUCUGUGAUCGAUGGAACCGCCUGAAGCGUUUCAGAAGAUUUUCAGUUUGUGGAUGGUGUUAUCAUUUUUCUCUACAGUGCAGUCAAAAUAUCAGAACUUAAAAUUAAAAAAGCGAAAGCCAAUCGAAGCUUUCAAAAAGUGAUGCUGAUAUUCGUUGGAAGACCAACGAAUAUCAGCAGCAUCAUUACACUUUGUUAUAUGCGGUAUCAUAAAUGAUUGGUUCUUUCGAUUAGAGAUGUGACUGAUGUUACUUUUUCUGCUAUUACUAGUUGUAUGCCUUUAAUUUUCAUAUCUUUUUCUCCGGAAUCCUUCAAGAAAUGCAUGAGUUUUCCCAGGCAGCAUCGUUUUUAUUUGCUGUAUAAGGUCAUAUAUGCUUUUUAUAUCAUGUCUUAGUUGGGGAACCGUCUGAAUCUUUUCAUUUUGUAAGAUUGAUUUUCUCUAAUGUUCGCGGCGAUUUGUUUCUGUGUUUCUUAAAUUUAGCCUAAGCCGUCCAAAAUCUUAUCUUUAAGCUGACUGUUAUUUAACCCAUCAGUACUCGUUUGCAGAACGCGAAGAACUACAAUCCAAAAUAAGAUGAUCAAGUUAUGCAUAUUGCCAAACCAGUUAGUCAAAUAACUAUCUACGUAAUAUUGUAUAUAUUAAAUCAUUGGACCGCUGAAUCCCGAGAAUACACCAAUGUCAACUGAACGUAAAUUUGAUGAUGAUAACGACAGCGAUGAUACGCCUCGGUUGUCUGCUGAAGCAGUGAAUGCAUUAGCAGAAUUUUAUAUCGAAAUGAAUGCUGCUGAUAAAGCUGUUGUUGAAGAAGACUGGCAGCUAAGUCAGUUCUGGUAUUCGGAAGAAACUGCUUCAAAACUUGCUGAAGAAUGUAUGAAGAGUAUUGGAAGUUGUGGAAGAAUCGCUUGCAUAUCGUGCCCAACGCUUCUUGAUUAUCUUCUAAAGAUUGAUUGCGUAAUCUGUGAACGUGUUUUGGUAACACUUUUUGAAUACGAUCGUCGAUUUGAGAGGAAAUUUGCUAAGGAAUUUGUUGCGUAUGAUUAUCGCGAACCUUUGGCAAUACCUGAAUUUCAUCACAACGCAUUUGAUUUAAUUGUUAUUGAUCCACCAUUUCUCUCUGAUGAGUGCUUAAUUAAAGUAGCACAGACAGUACGAUUGUUGUCCCGUGAAUCCUCAACAAAAUUAUUGAUUUGUACAGGGUUAAUAAUGGCAAAACUUGUCGAAAGAUUAUUUCACGCACACAAGUGCAAAUUCCAGCCAUGCCACAAACACAACCUUGCAAAUGAAUUCGCCUGUUACGCAAAUUACGAAACCGUCGUUUUGUGAUAAUGUUUUUUUUACAUCUAGUCGGAGACAGAUAUUCUGAUAAGGAUGACAGGCUAAUACGCGAGGUAAGCUGAAAGUGAAUAAAUUGCGAAGUCGGUAUCGUAAGAAUUAGUUGCACUGUUUUCACUGAUGGUUUUGUCAAGCAGUAAAAACUGAAAGUUCAUCUAUUUUUGUGAUAGCAACAGCAUCUGUACUAAUAAGAAAAGUGACAAUUUUAUGACAAUGUUAUGAUUUCCUUUUUCUUCGGCUUUAGUCUGGUCUUGCAGUUUAUAUAUUUUAUUUAUUCGACUGUUCUCAAAUGAUUUAUUUCAUUCUCCGUUGUUAUAUUUUCGAUGAGUUGAUAGUAUAACUCCAAUUAUUCUCAUAUAUAGUUCCAUAGCAAUUCACUUUCGUUCUGAGGAUAUUGGGG